GCUUUAAGAGAAGCAGCAACUGCCAUUGAGCAAGAGAGAGAAAUCCUCCUGGAAAUGAUCCACAGUAUCCAGAACAGCCAGGACAUGAGGCAGAUCAGCGAUGGAGAAAGAGAAGAAUUAAAUCUGACCGCAAACCGUCUGAUGGGACGAACCCUCACUGUGGAAGUUUCAGUGGAAACCAUUAGAAACCCCCAGAAGCAGGAAUCCCUAAAGCACGCCACCAGGAUUAUCGAUGAGGUGGUCAGUAAGUUUCUGAAUGAUUUGGGAAAUGCCAAGAGUCACUUGAUGUCGCUGUACAGUGCGUGUUCGUCUGAGGUGCCGCCUGGGCCAGUGGAUCAGAAGUUUCAAUCCAUAGUCAUUGGCUGUGCACUUGAAGAUCAGAAGAAAAUUAAGAGACGCUUGGAGACUCUGCUUAGAAAUAUUGAAAGCUCCGACAAGGCCAUCAAGCUGCUAGAGCAUUCUAAAGGAGCGGGCUCCCUAGCUCUGCAACAGAAUGCUGACAGCAGAUUUAAUUAGUUUCCAAACCUGAGAGCAAUGAUGUGAAAAUAACAUGCUACCUUAAGUGAUAACUAGUUCUUUAUGUUAGGCAUAACCACUCAUUUGAUGAAGAAGAUAAGAAUAUUCCAGUGUCAUCAGUUUUAUGAAUAACAAUUAAAAAGUAGAAAUAUUUUAAUUAUCUUCCUGUAAGUUUUUAGAUUGAAUUAUUGUCUUAUACUAGGAACUAGCACCAUAUAUAUGUAUUUUUUACUAUUCUGUGGAUGAAUGUUUUGUAUGUGGGGGAAGUACAGUACGUGCUCAGCUAGGGGUAAAAGAACCACUGUUCUUACUGGGGCUUUGUCUGGUGUGGAGACACACGGGCACGUGGGGCCUUUGGUUGACUAGAAAGCUUUACGCAGCAGCACACGCACAUUUCCUGUUAGCCAAGCAGUGUGUUUACAGGGAUAAAAGGAAUCACAGAGUAAGAACCUUUCCCUACAUUCUCUUAACCAGCAGUUUUUUUAGACAUGCAUGUCAAAUUAUUUUAAACUUAAAGAUUUACACCUCACAAUAGAAAUAAUUUCUUGAUAUACAUGAAAAUAUGGCAAAUGAGAAAAAUUCACAUCUGAUUUUACCACUGUGAACAAUUAUAUAUUCACUUCACCUUUUCCACAUGCAUCAUUUCUCUAAUUACUAUGUAAAUACAAUGUUGUAACUUGCUUUUAAAAAUAAUUAAAUGCUGCUAUAAAGUCCACUUAAAUUGUCAACUUAAAAACCUCUGACUUACCCAGUCCCCUCACUAGACACUUGUUUCCAGUUUGUUGCCAUUACUGCAUAGAGCUUUUCCAUUCUUUUUGUUUUUUAUUUUUUUUAUAAAUUCCCAGCAAUGAAUCAAAGGGUAUAUACAUUUUCAUGGCCUGACAUAAUUCCAGUUUUUCUUUGUCUAAGAGUUAUCAAUUUAUACUGUCUUAAAUAAUGAAAAUGUAGCUAUUUCACUGAGCUUUCCAGCAUUAAGCAUUUUUUUCUAACAUUAGAUAUGAAACAUCUUUAGUUUGAUUUUUUUACUAACAAAGUUGACCAGCGUAUUGAUUAUUCUUUUAUCUGUAACAAAUGAAGCAACUAUAGAACACUUUUAUUUAUUAGUGUUAUUGACAUACAAAGCCCUCAACUUUCUCAAAUACUACUGCAAAACAAACAUUUCAAACUCAAUUCUUAUUAGAGCAUAAGUAUUCUUUCACACUGGAAAAAGUUAAGAUUCGGGUAUUUAUUUAUAUCAGUGUAUAUUUAUCUAUCAAUGAAAACAAUUCUGAGCUUUGCUUUCUGGACAGAAACGCCCAAUUAGUCUCUCUUCAU